AUGUCGCAUGCCCCCGAGGUCGACAUCGAGGAUGAGCCUUCUGGCAACCCCUUUGGCCGGCUAUCGAAUCCGUUCCGCAUCAAACCAGUGAACGUCACCAAACAGGUAGCGUCUAAAAAGAGGGUGGUCUUUACACAGCCUAUCUUUGGGGCCCUAUUGCUGGAGAACAGCGCAUCAGACGCACGAGACCACUGUGCCAACGAGCGUACGUUCCUAGCAUGGCUCCGGCUAUCCAUGUACCUCUCGAUCGUGUCGAGUGCUAUCGUCCUGUCCUUCCAUCUCCGAGCCCAGCCGACGGCCUUGGAGCGUAACUACGCUCUCCCGCUGGGAAUACUGUUUUGGGUGCUCUCUAUCGGGACCAUAAUCAGCGGAGUUGCAAAUUAUAUUCACACGCUGGCCAAGUAUAGUCGGCGUGCUGCGUUGGUACAGAGCGGUUGGAAGACACAGGUUAUCUUCUGCAUCGUCGCUAUUGUUAUUAUCGGAACCUGCGUCCUCUUUUUGAGUACUAACAGGAGGUAA